AACUGAAGUGAAUGGUGAAAAAAGAAGAACAAAACUAACAGGAAGAACCUUUCGGAAGUAGUAAGAAUAAAAAGCAACUGCUCAGGAAUAAGGACAUCCAGGAGAGUGGAGUGUGAUAAGCAAGCAGUGUGCUGCACAGUGGACUCUGAUAGCAACUGAGUGAGGAGCGGUUGGGAAAGUGAGGGUGAGAGUGAGUUCCACCAAAACCGGGAGGAAGAAGGGAAUAUCUUGGAAGUGACACCCACGCAGAUGAAAAUUUUACUCCUACAUAAAAGUGGUGGAAUCAACUAAGGGAGAAAUAUUUCAACUAUUUCAACCAAAUAGUGCAAUAAUAACAAGUGAUAAAACGCAUUCCAAGGGAAGGCAUUCCUCAACAAAAGUAAUUGAAUCUCAGCUGAAGAUCAGUGUGGCAAUAGUUAAGGUUUUUCAAACAACUCUCAGUUCAACUGCUGAAAGUUCAAGUGUGUUCAGUGUAAGAGCAGCCUAAGUGUAACUGGAUACAUUUCAAAUCGAUUCCUAACUUUCUAGCCAACUGGUGUAAAAGCAACAAGCACACCAUCAUGCACACGAUCCUGCUAUCGCUGUUGGGCUUCCUGGCCGUCGGAAGUGCAUCGCUCAGCCAUCCAGUGUUCGGCACCAAACGAUACAGCCGGGCAAAUUUGCUUCCCUCGAGCGACUACGGAAGUGCCAUUUCGCUGCCAGUUUACUCCCCGAUUCCGCAAUAUUACGACAGUCAACCCGCAGCAUCACAGUACAUGUCGGUUCCUGCGUAUUCGAUGAACCAGGGCGCUGGGGCUGAUUAUUACGACUAUUACAAUAAUUACUACUACAACCCGCCGGUUCAUCGGAGGCACCAAAGGCAGGACCGGCACUAUCUGUCGUUUGGUCUUCCCACCUAUCGAGGGGAAUACAACCCUACUCCAUACUACUACGCACACGCUCCAAGCUACGUCUACUCGGACAGCCGCGAGUCCAGCAAUCCCUUGGACGACCUGCACGAAGAAAUGCUUCAGGAAGACGAGCGGGAACGGGCUCAAGACUUCCUUCCGGUAGGCCAGGAGCAGUGGUACCAAAGCCCUUCACGGCACUCGACCGAUUCCAACUUCCUCCGGGAUCUGAUCAUGUACAACAACCAGAUGGCAUCCCUGCGCGGAAAAUCCCCCGACUCCACCGAAGAAUACGAAGAGUACGAAGACGCCGAACCAGAAUACUACGACGCACCCUACGCAGACAAUCGCAAUACCUACAAUAGUUUCGUAAACCCGUACCAAAGCAAUACCCGACCCAGUACCUUCACCAAACUCAACAACCUUAGAAACAGUAUGACCAAAAACGCAGUCGAAGACGACGAAGAAGUCCAAGAGCUCAAAUCACUGAUCCAUCAGCAGAAAAACAGCCGACUCCAGGACCAACAGCAGUUGCAGCAACAGCAACAAUUCCUCCAACCCCAAGUUCAAACUCCGAUGCCCUACCAGCAGGACUUCAAACAACAACAGCAGCGAUCCCCACCCAGUAACUUCCAGCAGUACGACGCUCCAUCAACCAGCGACAGCUGGCAGCAGGACAGUCCCCAGUACAACAACUACGACUACGAACAAGAGUACGACGACAGCUGGAGCCACUGGGAUCGGAAACGAAACGUUCAACCCAAGAAACUGCUACCCCUACUGCUCCCGGCAACGACCCUAGCAACCACAACCCCUAAACCUAGCACCACAACACCCAGCACAACCACCCCCACAACCGCUAAACCCAAGGUAGAAAUCAUCAACGGGCCCAAUGGGCAGAAGGAAGUGGUACUACCGAGGCCAGCUUCCCCGGCCCGUAAUCCGGGGCUACCGACAGCCCAAAAACCGAUGACCACGGUGUUCAAUAUGGUGCAGCAAGCCAAGCCGGGCACGUCUGCUGCUACCGGAAGUCAUCUGAAACAUCCCGGUAGCGUUUACGAUACCAUCAAGAAGAUGAUCGACAUGCAGCAGAAUCUGGAGGCCGCGGAACUGACUCACCAAUUGGACAGCCAGAAGCAUCAGGGCAACCGGGUCCAGAAACGGUUCGUAUCCAGUGCUGAAUCGCUGGUCCAACAACUGGACGGCCUCAAACGAACGGCGUAAAUAUGUAACCAUUAUUAUUGAAUAUUUUCAUUUAUUCUAUACAAAGUUUUCCAAGAGAGAUUAAGAAAUCUAUGUCCAACAAAAAAUAACAACAGCACCACAGAGUUAAAAAUAAAUCCCUUUUUAAUCCGACUUUAUCGGUAAUCACAAAAGAAUGAUAAAAAAAAUUCAAGCGCAAAACACUUCCAGCAACAUUUGUGAACCUUCAGCUGUUUGAUCUUAACUCGCAUCCAACUUUUCUGCUGAAUUUACUCCGCUACUUUGUGACACUCUCUUAGCCAGGAAAAGGCAUACAUUUAUCAAAUUUUCUCAAUAACUUUUCAACAAAUUUUCGAACGAACUAAAACAAAACCAAAAGAAGAAUGAGACAAAGAAAAAGCACAGACACGUUCAAAACGUUGUUGUUUGGCACUAGCAAAUAAAACUCACAGAAAUACAUAAAAAUGGUGAUACUUUUUUAAUCGAUAAUCUAAUUAAUCCUUAAAGGUCAACGCGUCAUUGUCGCGUUUGAUUAAUGUGUGUUUUCCUGCUGAAACGUUAAUGAAAACGAAACGAAUCAAUGACUUGGUCUAGUUUUUUUUGUGAUAGUAGUUUAUCCAGUAUUUUUGUGAUUCACCAAAAAAAUGCAAGAUUCAAAUUCGAAACCACGCUCGACACCUUUUUCCCCAUCCCGAUUCUAGCUAUUGUUAUUAAUCAAUGAUGGGGCGAGGAAAAGGUGGAGAAACUAAUUUAAAAGAGAAAAAACUACACUGAGACACAAAACAAGAGAACACUGAUUGAGACUGAAUUUAUGUAAAUAAUUAUUAAUGGAUAAAGUAGAACAUAUAUAUAUUUAUGAGAAAAAAGAGUGAAUGAUUCCACGAAAAAAAACCGAUUCCAUAGAGUUGAAAUCUAACUUUUGUUUUGAAAAAAAAAAAUUUAAAUUGAUUUUUUCCCUUUUUGAUUGGAAUUUAUGACUAUGAUUUGAGGAAUAAAAUCUUUAGGAAAAAUUAGACACUCGUCAUCGUUCAUACCCAAACGAGUUGGCAAAUCUUAAAAUAUUUCGAACGGAUACUGACCGUCUAAUAAAUCCUCCGAAUUGAAAGUUGAAAUCCUUUAAUUUUAAGCUCAAUCCCAUCAGAUCUGUUCAAUUUUGGUUUUAUAAAAAUACCAUCCCAAUUUUCACCCCCAAAAACCCAACCCAAAACACAUGCAAAUAAAUAUCCAUUCAAAGGGCGACCAGAUGGUGGAAAAAACCCUUCCAAUGGCAGCUAGCGCCCACAAAAACAAAACAAAAAAUAAAACGCAAAACCAGAGAGCAUGCGGAUUGUCGGACCGACCCAUCGAGCCGGGUUGCCAGAUCCGUAUCAGAUAUUUAGUACAGAAAACGACGACUCGCGCACGCACACAGGCUCGAUGGCGUUUGAUGAUGGCAAACGAUAGACUUAUCACAUUCACAAUAAAAAAAUUGCAUUCUGGCAGUUCCGGUACAAUACAUUAUUAACCUAUAACUAACUGUAAAUAAACAGCAAAAAAGCAUAGCGAAAAAGGAAAUUUCACCGAAGAGAUUAACAAAAAUGAACAUCUUAAAGAAGGGAAAGUUUAACUACAUAAACAAUAGCGGAAAGUUUCCAUUUGGUGUGAAAAGUGUGGAGAGAGAAAAAUGAGCGAAAAGAUGAUGAGAGCAGAAACAACACGAGAGAACGACUAGGAAGGCAGUGUUGCCAGUCUCACAGACUGGUCAAGUAGACAUAUGUAAAUUGAGAGGUAUUGACUCAACAAACAAACGUAAAAAAAACUUGUACAUAGUGAGCAUUUUACACAAAAAAAAAACUCAGAUAGAAUCAGCAAAUUAUAUUGAUAGGCUUUAUGAGAAAAAAAACCCAUUUUCUACCAAAUGUUUUUUCUAUCGAGCUUCACUGGUCAAUGUUUUUUUCUAUUUGAGAAGGGCUUUAUUUUGCAACUUCAAUUUGGUCAGUGUUUUGUUUAUGAAAUUUUAUUCAGGCAGUUUGAAAACUUUGAUCAAUUUACGUGAUUAAACUAUAGAUUUUUAUACAUUUUCUAAGGUCCAGUAAUUGACUCAUUCUACCAUUAGAUUUAAAAAAAAAGACAUCGAAAACAAAGUUCUUUAUCAAAAUGAAACACAACUUUUAGUUUGUAUUUUUUAUCUAACAACCGUUUUAUUUAUUAAACAAAGUGUGAAAACUCUUUAAUAUUUGCAAAUAAUCAGCACAGUAGGCGGGAAUCGACGGACAUUCACGAAGAAAUUUUCCUUAGGAUCAGCCAAUAAAGAACUUCAAAGGUUCCUGUCUAUUGUAAAUGGUUUUUUUUUUGUUUCUUGGGAAACCCAAGCUGCCAGAUCUUGUUCUAAGUCAAAUUUCAGAAGGAAAUUUCCCAGAAAUGAGUUGUCAUAGAGUGGGAAAACCAAAAUGUGGUUCCUUUCAAAAAGUUUGGAAAGCCCCAAACCGAUUGGAUGAUUAAGUAGUGGAACUAACACCAACCGUAAGAGCUCCAAAAUUCCCACCGGGUCAAUUCCGACCAUGGAUUAAUGUAGAAAGGGGGGGGGGGGGACUCUCCAAUAUACUUGUCCUCCACCGCCGAACGGAUCGGGUUCAGGUUUGAAUGCUUCUGUUUGCCCAAGAAAUUUGCUCCAGGAGGGUUUCCACACACAAACCGCCAUGCUGAGAAACGGCCUCGCGUGCCUGGCCGCAUGACCUAGAGCAGCAGCAGCAGCAGCAGCAUCGAAGAACGCAAGGACAACCGACACAAUUGUCCGGGAGCAAUUAUUUCCGCUCACGCAAUCCCCCGGGUCCGUCUUUCCGAUGACGAAUCAUCCACCAUCAUCGCAGUUUCGUCUUAAUCGAGACAAAUAGGACCUGGGCUGGGGUCCCGGAACCAAUAUUAUUUUAGAAGUCACCGGGGGGAAGACGGACAAAAAAGUCAACAACGGUUGCUCCCGAAAAAGGAGGAGGGGAAAAAUCGCGUUUAAUUAUUCCCAAAUUCGGCUUAUUAGGCGGAUUUGAAGCGGCGAAAGCCGAUUUUGUCCGGAAAAAAGUGGGGGGAGGGGGCAAAGAAGAGUAGUAAGUUUGGGGAAACAGGCCGCUGCCGCCGGGGACAGAAGACUUUUCGUUGGGAAGGACGCCAUUGACGUCAUCAGAGCAGAACAGCAGCAGCAGAACCGAGCGAUAAAGAUAUGAAUGUUUGAUGGCUGUUUUGGAGCGCUUUUUAUUCUACACUCCAUGCGCUCUCCAUGGAUACCUACAAACAGGCAGACGGACGACAGUUGGCUUUCUUGCGCUCUCUUUUUCUCCCGUUUUUUGUUUCUCGGGAAAAUUCUUUCGAGCGACAUCAUAUUGCACACGUGUAUUGUGGCCAAACUGUUGCUUCGAGGGGUGUCACGAUGUUACCGAAAGGAAUGGAAAAAUGAAAACAACAGUAGGAUGUUAAUCAAAUCCGGUUAUCCGAAUUGAUUCGUUUGCCUCGUGGUCGUAAAAUUGUGUUGGCACAUGUGCACCAUUUGCAGUUAAUUAUCGAUUUCGCAAUUUAUUAGAACUUUACUCAUGUUUGUCAAUUUGAAGUUCCAUUAGAGAAACUGUCACGACACUUUUUUAUUCAAAUUAAGUCUCAAUUUAGCUUAAAGAAAUAUUUUCAAAAAAAAAUUUACAAAUGUAUAGAACUUCAUUUAGAAACAUAAGAAAAUCUGCCACCACUGAAGAUCAGAUUUUUGUAUAGAAAUGGUUAUUUUGUAUUAUUUUAAAGAAUACACACAUAGAGGAUCUCAAUGAAACUCCAUGAUUCUUUGACGAAAUCUAAGUCGACUUAACACUAAAGCGUACAUCUUUCAAGGCGACAAUAUUUGCCGCUUCUCUCAUUGGCAGAGAUGCCAUUUUCAUUUUUAUUUCAUCAGUUUUCUGAUUUUUGAAAAAAUAUGUUGGCAACCCUGCUCAUUCGAAAAUUAUUUCAAAACACCAUAUGAUUUUUAAGGAAUCUGAUUACACUGCUAGUCGAAGAGAGAACAACAAGGCUAUUUUCUCACUUGAAGCCCGCGCGGGAGAACAGAUUGAGUCAAAUCGUCUUCAGAGUCUGCAAACAUGCCGGACUUUUUAUCAUAUCCGAUUUAGACCGACUUCAAGUAACCUCUUUCACGAUCGUUUACUUAUUUGUUAGGAAUGGGAACUCGCAUUGAAAUUGUGAACGACUUAAGCUGUAAUUUUGCGAUUUUAUUUUUGCUGGGUAGAAGCUUAAUCGACCCUUCUCCCUUUUCCUAGAGAAUUCUAUACAGCUCAAAAUUUAAGCUUCAUCUUUAACAUGUUCGUCGCCACGGCACCCAUAUUCGGGUGACGGGUGUAUUUCCUGGGGGGGGGCCCGUCACAUCAAAAAGCGUGUGACGCUCUCUAACUUAAGUUUACCGCUCAGCUUCGCCACACGUUUCAAAUAUGGGAGUUCUCCCUCUUUGCUUUCUCUCUCUGAAAAAUUAUUUGGGCCCGGCUAGUAAAACUACCAAAAUUAGCGUGGCGACGAACGUGUUUAGUAGCUUAAGAAAGCUACUUUUAAUUUCUUUCCAGUGGCUGUAUAAAAUGCUAUUCAGCCUCUUAUAGAGGAAAUAAAACCUUUUACGCGCUGGAAAAUCGCAGGACAGAUUACCCUGACAACCAAGUUACAGAUUACUAGAUUGCCAGUCUAUCUAUAUCUCGGUCUAUUUCAUUGAUUUGAUUGUUAACUUUAGUUUUGAUUACCAAAGCUACUUACACUUUGAGAAUUGGACCGCGGUUGUGUUAAGGUUUUGAAUUCGGGCUUAAAAUUCAGAACAUGCAUUCAGACUUUGGAUUGAGACUUUGGAUUCAGUCUUUGGAUUCAGGCUUCGAAUUCAGACUUUGGAUUCAGAAUUUUUGUUCUGAACUUUCAAUUCAGAUCCAGAUUCAGACUUAUGAUUCAAAAUUUGGAUUCAUACUUGAGUUUAAAUUUUGGAUUCAGGCUCUGGAUUCAGACUUUGGUUUCAGACUUUGGAUUCAGACUUUGGAUUCAGAUUUUGGAUUCCAAUUUUCGAUUCAGAUUUUGGAUUCGAACUUUGGAUUCAGAUUUUGGGUUCAGAUUUUGGAUUCAAACUUUGAAUUCAGACUUUGGGUCCAGACUUUAGAUCCAGACUUUGGAUUCAGACUUUGGAUUCAGAUUUUGGAUUCAGAUUUUGAAUUCAGAUUUUGGAUUCAGACUUUCUAUUCAGGUUUUGGAUUCGAACUUUGAACCAAUCCUUUGGACUCAGAUUUUGAAUUCAGACUUUCUAUUAAGAUUUUGGAUUCUGAUCUGUACAGGCUUUGGAUUCAGACUUUAGAUUCAGACUUUAGAUUCGGACUUUGGAUUCAGACUUUGAGUUCAGAUUUUGGAUUCAGACUUUGGGUUCAGAUUUUGGAUUCAGACUUUGGAUUCAGAUUUUGGGUUCAAUCUUUUGAUUAUGACUUUGGAUUCAGACAUUGGAUUCCGAUUUAGGAUACAGUCUUUGUUGGUUUCUGACUUUAGAAUCAAUCUUUGGAUUCAGACAUUGAGUUCAGAUUUUGGAUCGGAUUUCGGAUUCAGACUUUGGAUUCCGAUUUUGGAUUCAGACUUUGGAUUCAGACUUUGGAUUCAGACUUUGGGUUUAAACUUUGGAUGCAGUUUUGUAUUCCAACCUUGGAUUUAGACUUUGGAUUCAGACUUUAGAUUCAGACUUUGGAUUCAGACUUUGGAUUCAGACUUUGGAUUCAGACUUUGGAUUCAGACUAUGGAUUCAGACUUUGGAUUCAGACUUUGGAUUCAGAUUUUGGGUUCAGAUUUUAGAUUCAGACUUUGGAUUCAGACGUUGGAUUCAAACUUUGGAUUCAGACUUUGAAUUCUGACUUUGAAUUCAGACUUUGGAUUCAGACUUUGAGUUCAGAACUUUCGAUUCAGAUAAAGAUUCAGACUUUGGAUUCAAACUUUGGAUUCAGACUUUGAAUUCUGACUUUGGAUUAAGAUUUUUAGUUCCGAAUUUGGAUUCAGACGGUGAAUUCAGAUUUUGGAUUAAGACUUUGGAUUAAUACUUGGAUUUAAACUUUGGGUUCAGAUUCAGGAUUCAAACCUCGGAUUCAGACUUUGGUUUGGAUUCAAACUUUGUAUUCAGACUAUGGAUUCAGAUUUUGGAUUCAGACUUUGGAUUCAGAUUUUGGAUUCAGAUUUUGAAUUCAGACUUUGGAUUCAGACGUUGGAUUCAAACUUUGGAUUCAGACUUUGAAUUCUGACUUUGAAUUCAGACUUUGGAUUCAGACUUUGAGUUCAGAACUUUCGAUUCAGAUAAAGAUUCAGACUUUGGAUUCAAACUUUGGAUUCAGACUUUGAAUUCUGACUUUGGAUUAGGAUUUUUAGUUCCGAAUUUGGAUUCAGACUGUGGAUUCCGAUUUUGGAUUCAGACUUUGGAUUUAGACUUUGGAUUCAGACUUUGGAUUCAGACUUUGGAUUCAGACUUUGGAUUCAGACUUUGGAUUCAGACUUUGGGUUUAAACUUUGGAUGCAGUUUUGGAUUCCAACCUUGGAUUUAGACUUUGGAUUCAGACUUUAGAUUCAGACUUUGGAUUCAGACUUUGAAUUCAGACUUUGGAUUCAGACUUUGGAUUCAGACUUUGGAUUCAGAUUUUGGAUUCAGAUUUUGAAUUCAGACUUUGGAUUCAGACGUUGGAUUCAAACUUUGGAUUCAGACUUUGGAUUCCGAUUUUGGAUUCAGACUUUGGAUUCAGACUUUGAAUUAAGACUUUGGAUUCAGACUUUGGAUUCAGACUUUGGAUUCGGACUUUGGAUUCGGACUUUGGAUUCAGACUUUGAGUGCAGAUUUUGGAUUCAGACUUUUGAUUCAGACUUUGGAUUCAGACUUUGGAUUCAGACUUUGGAUUCAGAUUUUGGAUUAAUACUUUGGAUUCAAACUUCGGAUUCAGAUUCAGGAUUCAAACCUCGGAUUCAGACUUUGGUUUCAGAUUUAGGAUUCUGAGUUUGGAUUCAGACUUUGGAUUCAGACUUUGGAUUCAGACUUUGGAUUCAGAAUUUGAGUUCAGAACUUUCGAUUCAGAUACAGAUUCAGAUUAUGGAUUCAGACUAUGGAUUCAGGCUUUGGAUUCAGAAUUUUUGUUCAGAACUCUCGAUUGAGUUUCAGAUUCAAAUCUUGGAUUCAAAAUUUGGAUACAGACUUUGGAUUCAGACAUUGUAUUAAGCAUUUGGGUUCGAAACUCUUCAGAUCCAGAUCCAGACUAAGGAUCCAAAAUCUGGAUUCAGACAUUGGAUUCAGACUUUGGAUUCAGACUUUGCAUUCUGACUCUGGAUUCUGUCUUUUGAUUCAGACUUUGGAUUCAGACUUUGAAUUCUAACACUGAAUUCAGACUUUGAAUUCAUACUUUGAAUUCAGAUUUGAAUUCCGAAUUUGGGUUCAGCACGUUCGAUUCAGAUCCGGAUUCAGAAUUUAGAUUCAUACAUUGGAUUCAGACUUUGGAUUCGGUUUUUGGAUUCAAAUUUAAGAUUCAAACUUUGGAUAUCCAAGUUUGGAUUCGGGGUUUUGAGCACGAAUUCAAAAAUUGGACGCCGGAUUCAGGUUUCUGUAUUCAGGAUUCGAGUUUCGGAUUUGAUUUGGGAGUUCGAUAUCGGCACGCGGAUUGGGAUUCGAUCUCGUAUUCAACAUUCUGAUUCGAUGUUUUGGUUCGGAUUUCACGGAUUCGGAAUUCGAAAUACAAACACCGGAUGCGAAAAACGAAUUUCGAAUCUGAGUUCAGAAUUUUGUAUUCAAGAUUCGGAUCGAGAAUUCGGGUUUGCAAACGGAUUCUGUUUCGGAUUUUAGAUUCGUAAUUGGGAUUCAGAAUACGAAUUCAGAAUUGAAUUCAAAAUCGUAAUUUGAGCUUAGAAUUUAUGUCCCAAAAUAUGGAUUUCAAAUUCGGAUUCGAGUUCCAGAUUCAGACUUCGUUAAAUUACGUCAAAAUUUCUCUAUAGGAAUUCUGAUUUCGGCCUAGGAAUUCGGAAUUCUUAAAUAUCCAAUGUCUAAAUCUUGUUAAUUUGAAACCGGAACUAGGACACACAAUUCAGAUUUGGAUUUGGAAAUCGGAUUUGGAAAUUCGCCAUUCGGAUAUUGACUACGGAAUUCGGGAGUAGAAUUUGGAUUUCGAAUUCCCAACUCGGAAUUCGCAUUGAUCAUUAGUGAAUUGAUUUUUCGGCUUUCAGUCCCAAGAGUCUUGGGCCAACAGUCGCCCCAAAAAGAGAAUUCGCAUUCGGAAUUUUUAGUUUCUUAUUUCGAACUCGAAUACGAAUUUGAAGUUUGCUACCGGAAUUCUGAUCCGCAACUCUGAUUAGAUUCAGAAUAAGGAUUAAGAUUCAAUAUUUAGACUUGAAUUAAAAAUCAGAACUCAUAUGUAAUUUUUACGAACUUCAGCAAAAUUUAUAAUUUCACAGAAUUUAGAAUAAUUUGAAUUUUGAAUCCAUUACCUACAUAUUUAAGAAACUUUGAACCGGUGAAUAUAGAAAAUAUCAUUUCCAUCUUAAGGCAAACUCAUACAGCAGGUGAAUUCCACCCGAAGGGGUUUUCCGUCAAGAUGAAAACCAAAAUCCAAAAUCCAUUAGAAUUGACCUUUACCGAAAAGGAUAACAUUAUCUGCAUACCUACCUUCUCGUGUUUUGCCGAGGAAAAAUAAAACCUUCCUCCUGCAUUCCCAUCACCAAGGAGAGAGAAUUUGCUCUUAUUCGUGACAGCAGCCGCCUCCUUCUUCUGUCUGUCAAUUCUUUCCUCCCACUAAGCGUUGGUGUAGAUGGGUGCUCCACGUGUUGCUGGAUCCAAGUUGUGUUUUUUUUUUUUUUGGGGAAAGGAGGGAAGCUUUUCUACUUUUACCGAGCUUAAACAUGAAACUCCACCCUGCACCCACUCACCCGAGGGAAACGGUUUUGGAGCAGGCAAAUAAUCGCGCGGGAGUUCGGUGUGUGUGGUAUUCAGAGAUUCCAUUACUCCAACGCACGAGUGAGUAACUUGACAUUUGAAAAAAUCAACACAAAAGUGGGUAGAAUGGGGAAAACAAAUCUGAACCGGAGCCUCUCGGAUGCUGCUGCCUUAUGGCAAUAAACCGAGAUUCGUUUCAAAUAAUAAGAAACGAUCCCAGCGAAAUUUGCGCGCCCCAUAAAACGUGACUUCUGAAUCAACUGCGUUAGUGAGUGAUGAAUCUUUGGCCUUUUCCCCUUGGAAGUGGACGCCAACGCCAUGCCUCCGCUCAACAGUUUAAAUGUCACCGGGUCACACUGGAAAAGUUCUCCGGUACCCUAUGCAUGACUGGAGGAUCUGCCCGUUUUUUUUUGCCGGUCCGGACAGUUAUCUGGAAACCCAAAGAAACAAGCUAGGUUGCACAGGAAAAAAAAUUCACAUGCGGCAUUCUUUUCGGGGGUGUUGCUAUAAAGAAAAUUUCCCGGGAAACUCAGGACCCACGCUCGGAAAAAGAUGAACCCGAGGGUGUUUGAGACAUUUUGGGGUCUAGCAAAAGUAUUGCCUAAUUGGACACUUGAUGUGGAAAUCAAGCAUCAAGCAUUCAACAGAAGUAACUUUUAAUUACUCCUUGAGGCUUUGAGACUGUGUUGAAAAUGUAAUUUAGUUCUAACGAAAUAGUGGGUGCUUAAUCGGUAUAGCGCACGGCACCCUUCCAAAUAAACGAAUUUCAAAUCAAAAUCAAAUCUAACGAAUAGUUUUUCAUCUGAAUACAAUCCACUAACGACUAAGCGAAGCAACUCUAAGACCACUUGUAUCUUUGGUUCAUUAUACCAGUUUCAACCCACCUCUUUACAGAACCGGUAUAAGGAUUGCUCCAAAACUGAUGAGAUUUGGACCCAAUUUGACGCAGUUCUAAACCGUUUGACGGUUAAAGUAACCCGAGUGGGGUCCAGAUUUUUCACUGGAUUGGAUCUGAUUUCGUUGAUCCAAUUCUUGUAUAAAUUAGUCCCAAGAAGAGACCACGGUUUUUGAACUUUCAACGUUGUACUUUUCGAACAAUUUCUGGUGUUGAUAUCGUGUUUACCUACUUAGGUAGACUACUUAUCUGAAGCCCAGCAAUGUUGCCAGUAUUGCUAUAACGAGCCAUAAUACGAAACCCACAAAAUCUGUACACUUUUAAGUACCGGAGAGCACGAACUAAAACCACAUGUGUUUUCCUGCUUUGACAGCUCGUUUUGAGGACCAGUAACUAAGACUAAAUGCCUUGCAAUUUUUCCUUUGAAUAUUAAAAGUUGACAGUAAAACCGCAAGACAUAUAGUCUUAAUUACUGGCCCUUAUCAUGAGUUGUUUCUGCAAUACAGACAAUAUUUUGGGUUAGUAUUCAAAAAACUUCUUAUUAACACUUAACACCACCUUGGAGUUUUUUUUCUAUUUCCUACAUAUUUUAUCCCAUUUCAUUUUUGUUUAGAAUGAGUCUUUCACUGAACACUCUUCUACCCUGUCUAUAGAUUUUCCACUCCCUUUUAUUUUCGAAUGCCUAAAGUAGACAACCGAAUAAGACAACUAACCAGUAUAAAAACAAACAUAAUAAGCAAGUAUGUGUUGCAAUCAUUCAUGCCUACUCACACAGAUGCAGCUUUAACAAAACCAGUGUUUUGCGAACAUACAACUACAUAUAUAGCAUUAGUGGAAUUAUUAUGCAAAACCAAAGCUUACGCGACUAUAACGGAAUGUGUACAUUUAGCUAAGCCUAAUCAAUAACCUAAAUGCUUAAACAUGGACAAAAAUAAAUCAAGUACCUAAAACUAACAAAAAAAUCCGAUUGCAUAACACUCGAAGCUGACAAAAGAUUAAAAAAACACUAGACAGUUAAAGCUUCUCUUUGAUAUGUUACAAAAAAAAACAAUAUUGAAUAAUAAUAAUGCGAAACAAGGAAGGAGGAGUGUGUGUGAAAUAAACCGUUUGUUAAAAGCAUACAAUAAUCAAGCAACAAACAUCCGAGUCAUUGAGAUGAUAAGUACUUUAAUAAAUAAAUUUACAAGAGGAUAAAAGAAAGAUAAAAACACGAAUAAAAACCCCAUCACUGGAAUCAACCGUGAGGUAGUAAAACGUCAGACGUUUUCACUUCGCCUGAUUUGCGUGAGCUAAACAGUUUUAAAUCUUAGUUAAUCGAAACUUUGGCAGCGCAAAUGCAAAGCAACUAGGAGCGCGAUCAACUAAUCCAUCGACGACAACCCUCAACAGAAUGAGAGUACAAUUACCUGCGCCCGGAUUGCCAAACAUUGUAGUGUCACAAAUGGCAGUGAGCAAAACCAAAAAAAAAACAAAAACAAAAGUCCUUUUGACUUUCGUAAGGCCAUCUCUAUUAUGAAGAACCCCCAGAAAAAAAAACGCAACCUGCAUCGAAUUGAGCGGUUUCCGGAUGAGAGAGCUUUUUGUCAAUUAAAUCCGAUUUGCAAUUGGCCCCAGGCCAUCCAUCCCCUUACAUAAUGCCGAUCCCAUAGGACACAAAACUCGAGUGUGAAACCGCUUAGGCAAAUGGAAACUCACAUAUCCGGUUCAUUCACCUUUCGGGUAGUCCUGGGAAAACCCUCCCUGGGGGUGGGUGGCAAAAUGGUAAUCGAUUUUUCUCCCCAAUUCCAUCCUCCUCUAGAAAAACCAGUAGAUAUAGAAAAAGCUAGGUCACUCGCGAAAAAUAGGUCACCUGGGGCCGUCCAUCUCUCUUGAGCCGUAGCAUUUCAAGCUGCUCAAUUCGAUGGUGUUUGAAUAAUUUAAUUUUUUUUCAUUGUCAAUCAAUGCUAUUUUUAUCAAUUUGUUCUCAUUAGCAGAAGAGUGCUAGAAAUGUAAACCUUGUUACUAGAGAGAUUAUAAAACAAAAUCAAAGGACAAAACAUAACCUAUGAAAACCGAUAGCUAGUUGCGAUAUAAAGCUGUGUCCGGUAAACAGCAAACACAUCGAGAGAACUAAGCAAAGCUGAAUGGAAGAGAGCAAAAGCCAGCGUGUACAGUGCUAAAACAAAUUUGACAAUAACUAACUUUUUAAAAAAAAGUGUAUUUUUAUUAGAGGAUCAAAUUUCGAACACAAGAAAAACACUAGAUUUGUACGACAUGAAAUGGAACUGCAUUUAUGUUUUUGGAAAAGAAACCGCAUUCUGUUCGAAAAUUGAGAAGUGUGCUGUAAGCAAGGAAUAAACGUUGUUAUUUAAUUGAUUUUCUUGUCGACAAACUUGUAACGGGACCCGCUCCCAUGGUUUUAUUUAACAAAAUAUGUGUGUUUCACAAUGUAUUAAAACUGGGCACACUGUACUAAAGACACCCAAAAAAUGAAUGUAUGACAUUUUUAAGUGUGCAAAAAAAAUUUUUUUAGUGGUGUUGCAUUGACACAGCAAAAACAAACACAGUGCCAAUUUUUCUAUUUCUGAAACAAUCACACCUCACACAGCCAGAUACGUUUCUUCAGUUGUUGUUGUUAAAGCUUGAUAAGCAGUAACGGAUUGCUCUAUAUUUCUAAAUAAAACUAAAAACUCAAACACACUACCGAUACAAAAACUUACAAACAAAACAAUUGAAAGGAAAAGAAAACAAUAAGACGAACGUAGGUGUUAGGAAAAUGAAGCUAGGAAAACAAAAACAAAAUCUCUGUACAGAUUGAAAAGGUUCAAAACCGUGCGGUUUGUAACCGAUGCUAUUAGUCGAUGGUAUUUUUGCUACCAAAAUGUAUACUUUCGUUUUGUGUUUGAGUUUAAUUGAAAACAAUUCUACUGACAUCGAAAUUGGAAAUUGGCUUUCAAUUUUAAAUGAGGAGAAGAUAGCAAAUAGCAGAAGCAAACGUCGUUAGAAGCACAAAUUCAGGAAUCCAAUCUCGCGUGGCAAGAAAUCGGAAACGGAGUUCCUCGAAAGACGGAACUCGAAACGGUGAAUUGGACAGAGAGAGGGAGGGUUACGAUAGGGAAACUAUAAAUUGGAACCCAUUUUCCACUUUUACGUAGACCUGCUGCUACCUAUUCUGGAAUCGAAUGAGAGAAAUCACCCUUGACUAUUGUAUAAGGAAGAGUUCAUUCCCGUAUACACACCAUAAAAGGGAAAGCAUCCAUGUGAAAUAUCAGUUACCAAAGUAAAUACAAAUUAUUAACAACAAAAAGUAAAUCCAAACCUAAUCAAUAGCAUCAUAGAAGAAAGGAAUAGAAAAGUGGAAUUUGAGGCUUCUUCUAUAUAUAUAACGAAUCCAGAACACAAAUGUACAUAUCCUCUCUAUAUAUUUAUUUAUAUAUACAUAUAUUAACUAAAAAACAAGAAAAACAACUGCUUUGUACAUAUAAUAUUAUGAACAUGAAAACAAAUUCAAAUAAAAAAAACUAAACAAAAA